ACUGAGCAAAUAGCAACGCCAACAGGUGAACGAUAUGGUUCAGGGAACAGAGGACAUUGCCAACGAGCCCAUUCCAGCGUGGCUGGAUCAGCAAAAAUUCGAGCCAUUUCUGGAUCGUGAUUUUCCGGAUCUCAAGAAAAUUAAGUCAUUCCGGAUAGAACCCACAGCGGGAAAGGGUGAAAACUACACAACGCUGCUGUUGAGAGCGAAUUUCGUAUUGGAAUUGAAUGAUGGCUCCCAGAAGAGCAUUUCCUACAUGGCUAAAAUCUUGCCCAAUUCCGGAAACCGGGAAAAUGUCGCCAGCUGGAAAGUAUUCGAUAAGGAGCGCAACACCUACGGCAAAUACAUUCCCGAGUUUGAGCAGAUGUACAGAGAGGCCGGAAAGAAGAUUUCCUUUGGACCACGUUACUAUGAAUCCCAGAUUGAAUUGGAUGAGGAACUGAUCGUACUGGAGGAUCUGGGAAAGCGGGGAUUCAGGAAUGUGCAUCGCCAAAAUGGCUUGGACAUUCAGCAUACGGAGGCCACCUUGGAGAAACUGGCCCAGUUCCAUGCAGCAUCCGCUGUGCGAUUUGAGCUGAAAGGAGCGUAUCCUGAAGAAUACAAUCGCAACCUGUGCAGCGACGAGGAUAGCUUUAAGGAGUUUCGAGAAAACCAAUUGAAGGCCUACAUCGAUGCGUUCCCCCUUUACAAUGCCUCUCACUUGGCAAAGGAUGUGCAUGCCUAUGGCAGCCAAGCGGAUGAUAUGUUCCAAUCAUUUGCGCCCAAGAUCGAGGGAGAAUUCCGAGUGCUAAAUCAUGGGGAUGCCUGGUGCAAUAACUUUAUGUACCAAUACGAUGAGGCGGGAAAGCUGGCGGAGGUAAACUUUGUGGAUCUACAAAUGAGUCGGUUCUCCUCGCCAGCCCAAGACCUACUCUACCUGAUACUCUCCUCCACUCAACUGGACUUAAAGAUAGCCAAGUUUGAUUACAUGAUCAAGUUCUAUCACGAAAAGCUCAUCGAGAGCCUUAAGCUGCUCAAGUAUCCAAAACCAAUGCCUUCGCUUAGAAGCCUACAUCAAUCGAUCUUCAUCCACGGUGACUGGAUACUGCCAAUUGUAUCCAUUCUGCUACCCAUUGUCCUCAUCGAUGGCGGUGAUGAUGCCAAUAUGGAUAGUUUGAUGGACGGCGAGGUAGCUGGUGACAAGUUCCGGAACAACAUGUUCAAGAAUCCACGCGUCAUUAGACACCAAAAAGAGAUUCUGCCCUGGGCCCAUAGAAGGGGUGCCUUUGAAAUCACCAAAUAAGUGUGUGUAAACUGUUGAUAUUAUGUUUGUAAGUAAUUAAAUAAAAGCGGUAGAUAAAUAUUA